GUAUUACAACUCAUAAAUCGACCACAGGCACAUCCAAAAACUAAUGGUAUCGAAGAAUCGGAAACAUCCGGAAAGCCAAAAACUGAAUCCAAUAAACCAAAAGUUGAAGAUGUUAGUGAUGAAUCAGAAGAAUGGGGUGAAUUUUUGCACAUUCCCGGUGAAAAAUUCACAGACUUUAAUAAGAUCCGCGAAGAAAUUGUUAAAGAAACUGAAGCAAAAACAGGAAAGAACGCUGGUAUUUCACCCGCACCUAUCAACCUAAGGAUAUACUCGCCUAAUGUUCUCACUUUGACUCUUGUUCCUGUUGGAGAUCAACCAAAGGAUAUCGAAAAGCAAAUUCGAGAUAUGAUUUUAAAAUAUAUCACCAAGCCCAAUGCAAUUAUCCUCGCAGUUACCGCGGCUAACACCGACUUGGCUAAUUCCGAUGGCUUGAAGUUGGCUCGUGAAGUUGACCCCGAAGGAUCACGUACAAUUGGUGUCCUUACAAAAAUUGACCUUAUGGAUCAAGGAACAGAUGUGGUAGAUAUUUUAGCGGGGCGCAUUAUUCCUUUAAGGCUAGGUAAAUGCACCAUUGACAUUGACAGUAAAAAAGCAAUUGCUGAUGCGCUUGACAAAGAAAGUCAGUUCUUUGAAAAUCAUCCAUCUUACAAGAGUAAAGCGCAAUACUGUGGUACACCGUUCCUUGCACGAAAGCUGAAUAUGAUCCUUAUGCAUCAUAUUCGUACCACACUCCCUGAAAUUAAAGCUAAAAUUCAGGCCGUGCUUUCUAAGUAUCAGGCUGAAUUAAUAUCACUUGGCGAUCCUCUGGAUGACGGCAAUAAUCAUGCAAGCAUUGUAUUAAACAUUAUUACAGAAUUCUGCAACGAAUUCCGCACUAUUGUUGACGGUAAUUCAAAUGAACUUUCUUCAUUUGAAUUGUCUGGUGGUGCUCGAAUUAGCUUUGUUUUUCACGAAGUGUUUUCAAAUGGAGUAAAGUCAAUAGACCCAUUUGAUCAAGUGAAGGACGUGGAUAUUCGAACAAUUUUAUACAAUUCUUCGGGGUCAUCUCCAGCUCUUUUUGUAUCUACCACGGCAUUUGAAGUUAUUGUUAAGCAACAGGUCAAACGCCUAGAAGAACCUAGUUUAAAAUGUGCAACUUUGGUAUACGAUGAAUUGGUUCGCAUUCUAACCAAUUUGUUACAGAAACCACUAUUCAAAAGGUUCCCAGGACUUAAGGAAAAAUUUUAUCUAGUAGUUGUCAGUUUCUUUAAGAAAGCCAUGACGCCCACAAAUAAACUUGUACAGGAUCUUGUCAAUAUGGAAUCAUGUUACAUCAAUACCGGUCACCCUGACUUUUUGAAUGGUCACAAGGCCAUGACUAUUAUCAACGAUAAGAUUAACCCACCAAAGCCUGCUAACCCUUCAGAUCCAAAAGCGAAUCGUGCGAGUAUUACCUCUUUGGUUAGCUCUAACCCGCUACUCGAUUCCGAGGGUAGUAAUACUGGAUUUUUUGGAAGUUUCUUCUCUAGUAAUAAAAAAAAGAAGCCCGGCGUUAUGGAACCGCCACCACCAGUAUUAAAAGCAUCUGGGAAUUUGUCUGAACGUGAAUAUAUGGAGACUGAAGUGAUAAAAUUACUUAUUCAAUCAUAUUUCAAUAUUGUGAAAAGGACAAUUAUCGAUAUGGUUCCUAAAGCAAUUAUGCUGAAUCUUGUAUCACAUGCUAAAGAAGAACUUCAACGAGAAUUGUUACAAGAACUGUACAAAGCUGACGUCUUGGAUGAAUUACUAAAGGAAAGUGAAUAUACUCAACAAAGACGAAAGGAAUGCAAAAAGAUGAUUGAAUGCACAGAAAGAAUCUCACUAGCGUAUUA